AUGCCCAAUAUCAACGCCAGAGCCGCCGACAGCAAGGUUUCUGCCGAAUAUAGGAGACAGCAGCUGCAAGCAAAGGCCAUCCCGAAGAGAGAGCCUACCGCAUCCGUCGGGGGGCACGUGCGCGCUGUCACAAGUAGCGCUGCGGCGAGUUCGCAGUCUGCCGCGUCAUCAGCCCGGCCGGAUAUUACGGCCGAGCUCAACGCCGUCAUGAAGAAAACUGGCACUUCAACCCAUGCUAGGGGAGCUUCUCGUGCCGUGCCAGUCGCAGGGAUACCGCAGCAGCGCAUGCCACCAGGCCAGCCCGCACCGGGGCAGGGCCGUCCUCAGGCGGCUAAGAUUUCGCAAGAGCAAGUUAUCGUUGGUCACUUUUGCCGCUUUGCAAUCAAGACUCUGACUAAAGUUAUGGAAGGAAGCCCGCUCAAACAGACAGCGGAGGUCAGCUUAAAGGAGCAUAUUAAGAAAGCGUGGGCUCAGUGGGUGAGAGGACACAUUCCGCGGCAGAAGCUGCUCGAGUCUGUAGCUCGCUUUGUGCGAGAUAGCUGCCCCCAAGCGUUUGGCAUUGACCUGAUUCGAGAGUUUAAGGAGUGGUACGAGAGCGAGUUUGAGCGGCAAAAAGCUCAGUCAGGCCGCGGGGAAAGAAAGGUGCCGCAGCAACAGUUUCAGCAUGUGGGCCAACAGCAGAGAAGGCAGGUGGUGCAGAACAAACAGAUUCCGUUGCACAUCCAUCAAAUGAAGCAGCAGCAGGCGCGAUCCGCGGCCUUGCAGCCACCAGGCGCCAAUGCGAAGAUGCAGUAUUCGAUGCCGGGGACAGUUCCAGGGAGAGCUGCAGUAGGGUCGAAGGCUUCUGGAAAGGAGGCACAACUGAUAAACCCGCAUAUUGUGAAAAAGGAAGCCCAACUGCCUGGGAAGACUGGUGGAAAGAGUAUAUCCAGAAAAACGGUACCUUCGAGAAAGACAUCCUCUCCAAACACACCAAAGGUUGGUGCAAGCAGAGCAGCACCUGGGAAAGCUCCUGGGGUCAGAUCCAUCGGAGGAAAGAGUAUCUUACGACCACCAUCUACUCUGCCCGCAGCACAUGUUGCCUUGAAAGGCCCUACUGCGACCAAUGUACCGAAAGUGUCUGUGAUGGGAGGUGUAGCAGGAAAAGCGGUUACAGGGAGCAAAGGAUUGCUGGCGAACAAACUUCCCGCAGGUUUAGUCCACAAGGUAGCUCCGGGUACCAAACCAAAGGGCCCUCGAAAGGCACCGGUGAAAAAUGCCGCUAAGACUUCUCCACUGAAAGGAGCUGCGAAAUCUCAAGCAUCAAAGAGUCUGAGCAAAACCAUUUCAAAGGGAUCCGUUGUGAGGCAGAAGCCCUCAUUACCUGUGAUAUCUGGAAGUGCAGGAGCAGGGUCCGCAGCAGUCGCUCCAGGCUCUAUAAAGCGACCAUUCGAUGCCGGUAGCGGAUCACCGACGGGCAGUUCCAUGAAAAAACCGAAGCCAACUCCCAAGGCGUCGAAGGGACCUACCAAUAGGCGAAAAGCGGGCCCUUUUCCUUCCUCCACCGACCCGAAUAGACCUACCAAGCCGCAGCCGGCAAGGAUCGAUACAGCAAAGGGGCGAACAGGCCCCGGCACCAACAUGGGAAGUGGAGGUGGAAGUGCGCUGGCUACUGGCAAAGGUGGCUCCUCCAACUCGGCUCCUGGGGGCACUGGUCCUGGAACUCAAGUUCGGAAGGCCAAGCGCGUCGACGACGAGUUGAAUCUUGUGAACGAUGUCGUAGACCUCGACGAUGAGGUCGACAAACUCGGCGAGGAUGCAGGUGUGGUAAAUACCGAAGUCAUCGAAAUUAUCGAUUAUGACCCCGGUAUGCUCUUGUCAGGCCCAGCUCUAAGGACAAAGAUGCAAGUGACUGCGAAGCGCUACGCUCUGAGCGAAAACAUUUCAAAGGAUGCCAUGGAAAUUGUUUCACUGGCCGUACAAGAACGGCUGCGGAACCUUUUGGAGUCUUUAAAGGGCAUUGCAAGGGUACGGAUCGAGGCUAACAAAGAGUCUUGGAACACGGAAUAUUUCGGCCAAAACGUUCACGAAAAGCUCGAGUUAAUGCGUGAGGAUGAAGAACGAUCUUUGACUGUUGCUGCGGAGUUACGCGUGAAGAGAAAGAAAGAGCAGGAGGAACGCGAGGCAAAGAAGCUCGCUGGGGAGGCUGAAAUGGAAGAGAAGAAGAUUAAAGAUGCUAGUGCGGCAGCCGAGCUCGAGCGAAAGGAGAAGAUCGCUCUAGAGAAGAAGCGCAAAGAGAAUAGUAGUCAACGAGAUGCCUUGUCCGGAUUAGUAGCGGGUAUUGACAAGAGGCGCAAGAAGCCAGCAACCGGAAAAGGCUUGGCGGGAUUGGCGCCACUACUCCCGCCUAUCACGAAGUCUGGAGGCUCCCGCACGAGUGGUUCGAGCUUGCCCCCAAUUCCUAAGCUCGUCAGCUCAGCCGGUGGGGAUAGUAUGUCCAACAAGAGUGUGGGCACGAAUGGAAAGAAGAUCGAUCAAUUAGAAAAGCUGAAGGCUCUCUGUCCCCUAGUUAGUUUGGGUGGACCGCGAACAUCUAGCAUGCCAGGAACAGAACCCAGUGCGAAAAAGGACGUCCCCAAGCCGCAACCAAAGCUCCCGCUAACAUUAAGAGAUUGUAUAUUCUUGAUGGAAUCGGAGCAAAACACCAGGAAGAGCUCUCAUAUUUACAAAUGGUACGCCCGUUUGAAUAGAGUUCGCCAAGCUGUGAAGGGAAAAUAGUUGCUGUCCCUCCUAUACACCAGGGUUGUGCUUCCUCCGAACAUGUCAUAGAAUGUAUAGGAUCGGAUACAAGUAGUCCGCAGCCUUUUCUAUUCCGUUAUCGCUCAAAACUUGUAAGUGUAGAGUCAGUUCUUAUGUGCUUGCCUUCACUUUUCGGAGGUGAUGGCUUCUCAAGACGUGUGUAUCAACAUGCCGUAACGUCAAAAUGGCCAAAGAUUUAGUGUUGACCGGACGCUCGUUACAUAGCGCAACACGCAAUAACUUGACGGCAAGAUCCCCGCCGUCGAAGGUACAGUUUUUUCAUGACG